AUGCAUAUUUCAGAAUUUCAGCCUUCCUCAAACACCAUCUUGACAAAAUGUUCCAAAAUGACAGAAGAAGGGCACAGGUUACAUGGUAUGAAUGGGAAUGCUGACAGAAAUAUUAAGGAGGAGUGCCACAAAACUAAUUAUGGGCAAGGAGGACGACUCAAAUUUUUCAAAGAUGGAAAAUUCAUUCUUGAAUUGGAAAGGUCUAGGGAAGGGGAGAGAAUGUCAUGGGUAUCUGUUCCUAGAAAGACUUAUUGGCCCCCACAGGGUACAGCAUCUUCUACUCCAGCAUAUCGACAAGAAAGUAGCACUUCUCUUAGUGUUUCAGAUGAUAACAGUUCCAUUCAAUCAUCUCCCUGGCAGAGAGACCAUUCCUGGAAACAGACAAACCCGACUCCUAACAUAUCAAAAGAACUGAUGUUUUACUUUUGGCAACCAAAGGGUAAGAGACCGAAGAAACAAAGCCGGAAAAGAAGGGCACCUCAAUCGACCUCUCCCGAACCUCAAUAUAAUAAUUCAGUGUGUAGUGAAAGGACUUCCAUAAGAGUUAAGAAAGAAUAUGGCAGAAGGUCCCUUCUCUCUAUUGUGCAACAAUUAAUUGACAAAGGUUUCAGAAUAAGCACCCCACCGAGAGCCGAAAUGGUUGUAUCUCCCAGGAAACGCUUCCUCCGCGAAAUGGAGAAGGACAAAACGCCGGGCGAGGACAACUCGCAGAAGAGGAGCCGCAGCAAGCCGCAAGCCGUAGCCAAUUCGACCCCGUCAACUUCGACCGGCAACUGUCACCCGGCUGGGGCGGUCUCGGCGAAUCGCGUCGAAGAUGCGAAACCGCCGCGCCAAUCGAACUACAGCAUUACGUCGCUGCUGGCGGAGGACCGCAACGUGAAACGGUCGCCCAGCAACUCGCCUAGUCAUUUCUCGCCGGUGGCGCACGCGCAGUACUGUUCGCCGGCGGAUGAGCGGUGGUAUUCGGAGAGCGUCGAUCGACUGAGGUCCAUCGAGCUUUCGCAAGUGGAAAAGUGCGCAGCCUACCCCCCCUACCCGCCGCAAUCCUACCUGGGUCCGUACGCGUACCCGUUCCCGCCGUACUACGGCGCCGGCGUCUACGGCAGGGGGUACGUCGUACCCGCCGCAGCCUACCACCCCCACCACCACCCCCACGCGGCGGCGGCGGCUCUUCAUCUGCCCGGUCGGCACGAGGCGGCAGGGGCGACCUGCUCGUGGUCGAGGGAUGCCAGCGGGGGCGGCGAUCGUCGCGAGGAGGCUGUCACAGAUAUGCCACUCAACUUGUCCAAACAUGCUGGUUGAUCCACUGUAUGCCUUUUGACAAAAAAUGUACAUUUCCACAAGUUUACAUCAAUUAUUCACUCAAAUCGAUGAUUAGUCCAACGGUACACUUCUUCAAGUUAUAG